AUGGCCUUAGUUGAAUUUCAAGAAAGAUACAAUCUUCCGGUGACCGGAACAUUAAAUAAUGAUACUAUGAAUAUGAUGAUGAAUAAGCCUCGAUGUUCUGUUGGCGACAAUAACUAUGCAAUUCAUUCGAAGUGGAGUAAAACGACAUUAAGUUGGUAUUUUCCUCAAGCUGUUAGUAAUCCCGUUUAUAUACAUCUUGCUGAAGACGCUUUCGUUAGAUGGGGGAAAAUAUCUAAUUUAAAGUUUAAACGAGUAAUAAUAUCUUCUUCAAAGCCGGAUAUUACUAUAACUGUGGUGCCAAAUAAUCAUAAUUUUCGAGCAAAUUGUCAAGGAACCUCUAAAUGCCCAUUUAAUUUCGAUGGUCCUGGAAAAGUAUUGGCCCACGCAUACUAUCCUGGCGUAAACGAGUGCAUCGAAAUCCAUCUUGAUGCUAAUGAACGGUGGUAUGCAGGAAAUGGUAGAGCUCCUGACGGUGAAGUCAAUUUUUUGGCUGUCCUAAUGCAUGAAAUUGGUCAUACCCUCGGACUAGAACAUAGUAAUAGUGAUUCGUCUAUUAUGUAUCCUUGGUAUCAACAAGGCGACAAGUUUUGGUGA